AUGGCGGCCAUCGUCGCAAAGGACAAAGUUACCUAUCGUGACUGCAUGGUUCCCCCGGGUACCCCAGGCCCAUCUUAUCAAAAACAGCCCCAGAUGCUCACCUGCAUCCAUCUCUCUCAUGGCAAGCUUGAAGAAGCAUAUCAAUUCAAGUGCUGGAUGAGCACUACACUAUUUUAUCAAAACUGUAUCCUCGUAUUUGUGACUCACAAAGAAUUUAUUUUCUUCGAUAACAAGGUACUCAGACAGCGACUGAUUGCUGAUCCGUAUCGACCAGGGCUAGACAGCUGGGCUGACGUAGCACUCUAUCUGGGAAGCGUGCCAAGUGCUAGGAUGAUUCAAGAAAUGAACGCCGGACGCGGGGCCCUGUCGCGAUACGACAUGGAAGAGGAUUCCGUGCUAUUUUCUAGGCAACGUCGGUAUGCCUUGGCCGGUGUGGAGCUAGUCUGUGUCUGGAGUCUCGGUUUCUGGAGAUACCAACCAUUCAGCCCGAUAACAGUCGACAAGCCUAUUGUUGCUAGUCGUUUAACAAAAGCGACAUCUUUCCCACUCAUCCUGACGCUGAUCUUCUUCCUCACUCCCCUUUCCUUCGUUCCGCAAAGCCUGCCAGACUUCAUGUGUCGCAAACUUUACAUGCUGCUGUGA